CAAACUCAUAAAAUAUAGGAGUACUAUAUGGCACUGCGUAUUUUCUCCUUUUGUAGGAGAUGGAGGAAGAUGAUGUUGAUACAGAUGAUGAAUUAUACUACGAGGAAUUGUCUGAAGCAGAAAUCAGCAAAUACUUGCAUUCAUUUACAUUUCAAUCUAAUAAUUCCAAGACCCUUAUUGAUAGGUGUGUGGUGUGUCAAAUGGAAUAUGAAGAAGGAGAGAAGUUGGUCGCACUUCCAUGUGAUCAUCCCUUCCAUUCAGAUUGUAUAAAUAAAUGGCUUCAGAUAAAGAAGAUUUGCCCCAUAUGUUGUGAUGAGGUCUCAUCCACCAAAUUCCUCAGGAAUGAUGAUUAACUCUAAAUUUGUAUUGAUAAUAGGUGAUAUAUGUAGAAGGAAGGCUAAGG